AUCUCCAGAUAAUCAAAUUUUCUCUUAAACCCUACUCCUCCCGUUCCGAACAAACUAACAAAACAAUGGCUCUCUUCCGAGCUCGAAUUGCUUCUUCUUCUCUUCUCAGCAAUGUCAUCCACCGCUCUUUCUCUACCAGUCCAUUUGAAGCGUUGGCGUCCAAAAUGAAACCGUCAAAGGAGCUGGAAUCAAUGAUGAGCCAAUUCAGUCUAGACAUCAGUUCCCAAAUCGGAAGUUGCAUGCCAUUAGGCAUGAUGCGAAUCGGAACCCUGAUUCACAACAUCGAGAUCCGACCCGGACAAGGCGGCAAGUUAGUUCGCUCCGCCGGCACGUCCGCCAAAAUCCUGACCGAACCCAGCGCUUCUACUAAAUACUGCGAAGUGAAGUUGCCGUCGGGGGUGAAGAAAUUGAUCGACGUUAAAUGUAGGGCUACUAUAGGGCAAGUAUCGAACCCGGAACACGGGACGAAGAAGUUGAGGAAGGCGGGACAUGCCAGGUGGCUAGGACGGAGACCGACAGUUCGGGGUGUGGCGAUGAACCCGGUGGAUCAUCCACAUGGGGGUGGUGAAGGGAGGAGUAAGAGUAGUGGAAGUCAUGGCAGGGUUUCAUUGACUCCUUGGGGUAAACCUACUAAAUCUGGGUAUAAAACUGGGCCUCUUAAGAGAAAAAAGUAGGUCUUUUUGGGUAAUUUGAUGGAUAUUUGUUUGUUUAAGAUUAUUAUGUUUUUCGGAUGAAGUUUAUGGAGAGAUAAUAAUAUUAGAAAAUCAAGUUUGGAUCUUGUUUAUCAAAAAGCCGUAUCCAUGAUUUGAGCAUUA